AUGGGAGGGAAGUGGGAGGAGGUGACACUUGAGAUCCUCUACUACAUCCCGAGCCUCUACUACAACCCUAACCCCAGCCUCUACUACAUCCCUAGCCUCUACUACAACCCUAACCCCAGCAUCUACCACAACCCUAACCUCUACCACAACCCUAGCCUCUACUACAACCCUAACCCCAGCCUCUACUACAUCCCUAGCCUCUACUACAACCCUAACCCCAGCCUCUACCACAACCCUAGCCUCUACCACAACCCUAGCCUCUACUACAACCCUAAUCUCUACUACAACCCUGACCCCAGCCUCUACCACAAACCCAACCCCAACCUCUCCCACCAGCCCAGCCUCUACUACAACCCUAAUCUCUACUACAACCUUGACCCCAGCCUCUACCACAACCCUAGCCUCUACUACAACCCUAACCCCAGCCUCUCCCACCAGCCCAGCCUCUACUACAUCCCUAGCCUCUACUACAACCCUAAACCUAGCCUCUACCACAACCCUAGCCUCUACCACAACCCUAACCCCAGCCUCUCCCACCAGCCCAGCCUCUACUACAUCCCUAGCCUCUACUACAACCCUAAUCUCUACUACAACCCUGACCCCAUCCUCUCCCACCAGCCCAGCCUCUACUACAUCCCUAGCCUCUACUACAACCCUAAACCUAGCCUCUACCACAACCCCAGCCUCUACUACAUCCCUAGCCUCUACUACAACCCUAACCCCAGCCUCUACCACAACCCUAGCCUCUACCACAACCCCAGCCUCUACUACAACCCUAACCCCAGCCUCUACCACAACCCUAGCCUCUACCACAACCCCAGCCUCUACUACAACCCUAAUCUCUACUACAACCCUGACCCCAGCCUCUACCACAACCCUAGCCUCUACCACAACCCGAAUCUCUACUACAACCCUGACCCCAGCCUCUACCACAACCCGAGCCUCUACUACAACACUAACCUCUACUAUAACCCUGACCUCAGCCUCUACCACAACCCUAUCUCUACUACAACCCUACCUCCAGCCUCUUCCACAACCCUAGCCUCUACCACAACCCUAAUCUCUACUACAAUCUUAAUCUCUACUUACAACCCUAACCUCAGGCUCAUACACAACCCCAGGCUCUACUACAACCCUGACACCAGCUUCUACCACAACCCUAACAUCUACUAUAAUCCUGACUCCAGCCUCUACUACAACCCUGACCCCAUUCUCUACCACAACCCUAACCUCUACUACAACCCUGACCCCAGCCUUCUCUGCCACAACCCUGACCCCAGCCUCUACUACAACCCUGACCCCAGCCUCUACUACAACCCUGACCCCAGCCUCUACUACAACCCUGACCCCAGCCUUUACUACAACCCUGACCCCAGCCGCUACUCCAACCCUGACCCCAGCCUCUACUACAACCCUGACCCCAGCCUCUACUACAACCCUGACCCCACCCGCUACUACAACCCUGACCCCAGUCUUUACAACAAUCCUGACCCCAGCCGCUACUACAACCCUGAUCCCAGCCGCUACCACAACCCUGACCCCAGCCGCUACAACAACCCUAACCCCAGCCUCUACUACAACCCUGAACCCAGACUCUACUUCAACCCUGACCCGAGCCUCUACUCCAACCCUGACCCCAGCAUCUACUACAACCCUGAUCCCAGCCGCUACCAUAACCCAGACCCCAGCCUCUACCACAACCCUGACCCCAGCCGCUACUACAACCCUGACCCCAGCCGCUACCACAACCCAGACCCCAGCCUCUACCACAACCCUGACCCCAGCCUCUACUACAACCCUGACCCCAGUCUCUGCCACAACCCUGACCCCAGCCUCUACUACAACCCUGACCCCAGUCUCUGCCACAACCCUGACCCCAGCCUCUACUACAACCCUGACCCCAGCCUCUACCACAACCCUGACCCCAACAUCUACUACAACCCUGACCCCAGGCUCUACCACAACCCUGACCCCAACAUCUACUACAACCCUGACCCCAGGCUCAACUACAACCAAGACCUCAGCCUCUACCACAACCCUGACCCCAGCCUCUGCCACAACCCUGACCCCAGCCUCUACUACAACCCUGACCCCAGUCGCUAA